AUGGUGGAGGGCGGCGUGGCCAUCGUCAAGUACAUCCUAUUCCUAUCUAAUUUGGUGUUAUGGGUGGGCGGCCUGGGGCUGAUCAUCACCGGGACCGUGAUGCAGCUCAAAUUCCCGUUGUUAUUCGAUUUAUUAGGGGAUGAACGGUUAGCGACACCAAUAGUGCUGAUCGGCCUCGGCUGCAUGUGCACGCUGCUCGGAUUUUUGGGUUGCUGCGGAGCGAUCCGCGAGAACUACUGCCUGACCGUGUCAUUUGCCGUGCUGUUGGCGCUCGUUUUGAUGGUCGAAACGGCAGCCAUUAUUGCCGGCUACGCGCUGAUAGACCCGCUAGAGAAAAGUCUGGGCAAGGAGUUGACGGAUGGGCUGAAACGAUACGGCAAAGCCGAUGGGGUGACACUCGCGUGGGACGGCAUGCAACAGGAAUGGGACUGCUGCGGCGUCUACAACUCGUCCGAUUACGCCGGAAAUUUGCCCGAAUCGUGCUGCGUGAAUCCGGUUUACGGAUGCAUCAAAAACAAGGCGCCGAUCCACACGACCGGAUGUCUGGGACAAGCGCAGAAACUAAUCGGCCAACACACUUUCAUCGUCGGCAUAAUUUCCACCGUGCUAGUGACUCUGCAGGUGCUGGGCGUCUGCUUUGCUUGUUGUCUUUCAAAGAGCAUCCUCAAAGACUUCCACGACUUUUACUAC